AUGACUCUAGAGCAGAAGCCACGUGGGCGACUUGAUGCAUCACAGUGUAAUGGCAAAUAUUCCACAGAGUUAUUGCCAAGCUUCUGGGGAGGUUUUUAUACCUGCCCUGGUGGAUCAUCACAGAUAUUUCAAAUGAAUGUGAUCCCAAGAAAUAAAGAUGAAAUAUCAACCUCAGCUGUAUUGACUUUUGAUGGAAUCUCAGUCACAGCCAGUGGGAGUUAUGGUUAUAGAACACUGCUCAUACAAGGCAGACCAAAUCAAAAGAAUAUAACUAAUGUUAAACUUUAUAGUGUACAGCCACCAUCAAAUUUGUCUUCAAUGGCAGGAGAGAUAACAUUCAAUGGAGAUAAGAAAUGUGGUGUAGUUUUGAAUUUUAAAAAAUCUUAUUUGAACCAAUGUGGAUCUGGAACCUGUGUGAGAUAUGGUCAAAAGAAGAAUGAAUUCUACUGUUGUUGUGAUGGCAAAGCUAGUUCUUACUGUGGACCUACAACAAACAUGGGUCAGUCAUCAAGUAGUACAUCCAGUACUACAAAAGAGAUAUCAACAACCACAGAAAUGAACCAGAGGCCAAGAACACAUUUAACAACCACUACUACAAAAACAACAUUUACAACUAUGAGACACACACCACCAAAAACAACAAUAACCACCACUACACAACCCACAUCACCUAGAACAACAACAACAACCACUAAACAACGUACCUCACCAGAAACAACAACAGCCGCUACACAACCCACAUCACCUAGAACAACAACAACCACUACACAACGUACCUCCCCAGAAACAACAACAUCCGCUACACAACCCACAUCACCUAGAACAACAACUACUACACAACGUACCUCACCAGAAACAACAACAGCCGCUACACAACUAACAUCACGAAGAUCAACAACAACUUCACAAUCAGUGACAACAAAAUCAACUUCCACUCUACAACCCAUAGCAUCAGGAAUACUAACAAAAACACAGACAACUACAGUAACUACAGACCAGGCAACCACAGCAUCUACAAACACAAAAGCUACCACCAGAAAAACAGAACCAACCAGCAUCACCACUGCCGUGGCACAAAAUCCCGGAAUAACAAUAAAUCUUCAGCCGAUCUUAUCCAAGCUGCAAGAAUGUGACUUGUAUGGUCGACUUUAUGCAAUACUUCUUUUCAAUACCAAAAACAAAUAA